AUGAAACCUCAUCAGCAGACCCGUCACUAUUCCCCUCCCUUGACUCUCGCGACUCUCCAGCCAGGUAAGGACCAGAAGCAGAGAACUUGGAACUGGCAGUUGGAUCCUGAGCUGUGGGCCAGGUCACUUCGACAGCAGUUGAAUGACCAUCUCCUUUAUCUGGACAAAGAGAGGAAAGAGAAGAAGGAAAAAGGAGCAGCUCCUGGUGGCUCAUUGUCUGAUAUCCAUGAGUCUCUGGACAGCACUGAACAGUCCUGGUCCUCUAAGAAGAAACAGAGGCAGUUCCUGAGGGAAUUAGACAUGUCUACACUGCUGGAGCUCCUGUUUGCUGAGAUCAGAGCUCUGUUCUCGGCUGUGCUGAAGGACUGCAGCCCUGAGGCCUGGCGCUACCUGCAUGCAGUACUGUGUCUGCUGCCUCCAUAUCGUAAGCUGCUAACCAGUUGCCUUGACUUGCUGCCCUUCCUGGAACAGCUUUACUGUUGGGCACCCAGAGUCCAAGUCCAAGUCCAGCUGGACCUGCUGGAUGCCAUAGACCGGGCCUUCCCCCCGGACAGCUCUCUGUUACAUCGUGCCUCCCAUGUAGACUGCUGUCCUCAGAAGAGGGGAUUCCAUCACGGAGAGUCCCCUUGCCCCGCCUGCCCUUUCAUGCAGGCCCGGUGGGGUGGGGAACAAGAGAAGAAGGAUUUGGCCACAUGGUCACGACCAUUGACACUUCCUGAGUUUCAGCACUGCUUGGGCAUUGUUGGUGCUGAAGUAGCUCUAGAGGAGACCCACUGGCUGGAUGGCCUUAGUCUCCUGCCCUUGGCCCUGGCGACCGACAUCCCUGUGCAGUAUGAAAGCAGCGACACUGGCUACGCAGACGUAUAUUUUGAAGGAAGACAGACUAAGUCUCAGUUAGACGUUGAAGUUCCUCUGAGAUCCCUCCGAAGGAGAAGUACUGGCUUCCUGCACGAAUUUUCCUUCGCAGGUAGCCAGGCGAUGGCCAUCAUGAAAACAGAGAAGUACCUGAGGACCAUGCACUUCCUCUACCUCAACGUGGCUCCCAAUCGUCACUUUAAGCCUUAUGACCUGAUAGUAGUGCCACAAAACAAGGUGAAUCCUGAGCACUACAUCUUCUCUCCCUUUGGGGUGCUAUACGUACACCCGCUGGACGGCAGUGAGGCCAUGACGCUGGGUACCUGGCAUCGUCACUCUGUUCUCUGGCAACGGCUCCAGUUCAUUCCGUUCUUUAAGUAUUGCCUCUUACGCAAGGCCAUAGCCUGUUGGAAGAAGAACGUGAAGUUGCUCUUGGUGCGUCAGCUCCAGAUUAUCUUAGGGACUCAACUGCUCUCUGCGGUGCCCCACUUUGGAGCUGGGCUACUCCAUAUUAGCCGGCUUCUGCAAGAGCUUCACGCCGUGUCCUGGCUGCCCAAGGACCCUGACCAGUGCUAUGAGCUGCUGGACCUGCGGAGGGCUCUGGCCAGAGAGAAGUACAGGGCUCUGCGGUUACUCCGUUACUUCCUGAAUCUCUGUACAUCCAUUCUCCAGCUGAUCCUGGAGGACACAUACAGUAUGCAGAACGGCCUGCAGGAGCGAGUGCAGCGCUGUGACAGACUCAGGAGAAGCUAUGGCUCCGUGUACCUUCACAAGGUCCUGGUUGAGCAGCUGCAGCAGAAGCUGAGCCAGACAGAGGCCUGGCUGCUACAGCUGGGACGUUUGCACCGCUUGGUCAACUACAUGAUUUGUCAGAGCCUGGUCUCCAUCUUGGAAGAUGAGAUAACCUCCUUUGUGGCCAGUAUCCAAGCCCCCAGGCAAACCCCCUUUCUCUUGUCGAGGCUCAUCUUUAAUGAAUAUGGCCAGCUGUCUCCCAUGCCCCCUAUUGAAAAUAUAAUCCAGAGUCUCACCGAGGGUGUGCAGUCUAUCAAGACCUCUGCUCUGCAGGUAAUACAGUCUGCAGACAUGAAGACCUCCGAGGACUCCCUGUACAAUGAAGAUAAAGAGGACGUGGACCCAGACACAGAAUUCCUGGUACCCAAGUUCCAGGGUCAGCCCAGCGAAGCUGUUCGAAUGUUCUGUGGCCCCAAUAUAGGAUUCGUGUUACCCUUCAAGUCUCAGGCAGUUUCCACUCAAGGCCUGGAGAUCUAUGGGCACCGAUUGCGGGGCUGUUAUUUGCCCCACAAUUAUGACCAGCUGCAGGUGGAUUUGGACAACAGCUUCCGAAUCCAGCAUGCAUUGACAAUACAAAAGGCACUGCUGGAGGACAUGCUGCGGGAGGUGCAGGAGUUCUGCAAAGAACACCAACCGGUUACAGUCAUUUAUGAGUUCCUGCAGACCUGGGGGCCUGAGAAGCUGGAGAACAUGCGAGGCUCUCCUGUCCAAAACUACAUAGCUCUGGUGACCCGCCUGAAUGUUUGGCAGACCCAAAUCUCCAAAAUGCCUGUUGAGUUCCUCACACAAGGCAAGUUGCUGAUGCUGAGCUGCCAUGAUGUGCAGACAGAGCUACAAACCAGGCUGGACAACGUUAGGAAGGACCUUCUUGACCAGGUGCAGGAUGAGUGUUUGAAACGCGGUAAACAACUCAUUUCCGAGCUCAGUGACUUCAUGCAAGUCUUCCAAACCAUCAGCUCAGACAUUCACACCAUUGCACGGUGCUCCCAGAAGUUGAAUGAAGCUAAUGAACAGUACACCCAGCUGGAAACACGCACAGAAUACAUCCGGUCUCUCCAUGAAUUCAUCCGCAACUACUUUAAUCUAUUCAGUAGUGAAAAUGAGGCACUAGACGUCUCGCUUCUCGAUAUGUGGGAGACAUUUCAGUUUGAGAAAAGCCAGGCCUCUGAGUUCCUGCUGAGCAAACAACAUUCCAUCCUGCCUAAGUUGCAGCAGCUGAUGUCGGCGACACUGGCUGAGCUGGAAAGCAUGCUUGACAAAGCCCUGUCUGGUCCCUUCAUGGAUCCUACCCAAGAUCAGAGGAGCACUGAGCAUCAGCUCAUCAGACUGGAGCAUCAGUAUGAGAAAACCAAAAGAUACUUCAAAGAACUCCGCUAUGCCUACAACACGCUGACUGGGGAAGCCUGUCCUAUGUCGUUGCCCAUCCUCGGGACCCGUCCGAUACAGAUGCAGCAGCGCAUUUGGCACCUCUACCGAAUUAUCUCCGAGAACCUCAGCGAGUGGAAGUGCAUGGCUUUUGCUAAGUUCAACCUGGCCAUGGGCCAGGAGAAGACAGAUGUCUGGCUGACAGAGGCAGCGCGGAUGAGCACGACUCUAGGAACGCACAGCCCAGUGCUGCAGCGCUGCAUGCGUAUGCUGGAGGAGUUUCGCAGCUCUCUGCCCCUGCUCAGCAAGAUCACCAGUCUCCACCCUCAGAGCCUUGCCUGCCAAUCCCUCUUCCGAGCUUUGGGACUGGGAAGUCUCCGCAAUAUGGAUGUCAUGACACUAGGGAAGCUGCUCUCGUGUCCACUGCUGGAAUUUUCAGAUCGAAUCAACCAGGUCUGGCAGCGUGAAAAUGAACGAAAGCAUGCCCAAGAGAUCCUCCAGCAGCUGCAGCAGUACUGGGAGGCUCGCCAGCUGCGUCUGCUCAACUUCAUCUUGAAUGUGCCCUAUGAGCCCCCAGCCUCAGAGCGUUCCAAGAAGCAGGUGUCCCGAAGCCCCCAGUGGGAGGUGGUGGGCAAGGAUAGUGGCACCUUUAUCCUAUCAGAUUACAACAACAUACAAGACUCAAUUCAAGAUAGUCUUCAGACACUGUUCAAGAUACUGGCUAUCCACAAGUCAGGAGACUUACACAAUACAGCUUUGGAGUGGGAGACCGUCAUGCAUAGCCUAAGUGCCCUGCUGGAGGUCUGGGUGACUUUCCAGCAGAAGUGGAUUUUUCUGAAUAAAGUUCUCCACGAGAUGAAGAUCCAGUUUCCUAAUGCUGACCUGCACGCUCGUUUCAAAGCCACGGAUGACCAGUAUCGGACCCUGAUGCGCAUCUCGGUAGCCGACCCCAUGGUGCUAUCACUUAUAGUGCCCAGUGCCAAGAGGAGCCCUUACUUCCAGGGACAGCAGUUACAACAGCUGCUGCAGUCUGGGGCCGUGGAGCUGGAGAGCAUCAUCAUGGGUCUGGAGGGCGUGCUCUACGCGGUGUGUGCUCACUUCCCCCGCCUCUUCUUCCUCAGUAACAGUGAGCUGGUGGCCCUCCUGGCAACCCCUCUCGAGCCUUACGAGGCCCAGCCAUGGGUCCAGCGCUGCUUUCCUCAUGUACACGCAUUGAGCUUCCAGUCCAACCUAACUGAUGCGAAAAAUAUUCAGGACUAUGACCAGGAGCCUAUCUCAUGUACACAGACUCAAGUGGAGACGCUUGCAGUGCUAGGGGCAGGCGGAGAGGCGGUGAAGCUACAGGAGUCCUUGCCUCUGCAUCCAGAUAUCCCCAAGUGGCUAGCCUCUCUGGAGAAGUGUCUGCGCUUGGCACUGGUGUCCCUGCUACAGGACUGUGUUGCUGCUCGCCUUGCUUUGAGCCCAUCCCUGGUCUUUAAGAAACUGCCUCAGCAAAGCCAGUUGCCCUUGCAGCAAAAUGUCCAUCAUUGGUUAGAUUUAGCCCAGACUUUCCCGUGGCAGUGUAUACUGGUGGCAGAGGAGGUAGUGUGGCGGGCUGAGAUGGAGGAGGCUCUGCUUGAAUCGGGGGCCCUAGAUGUGACUGCCAUGCAUAUACACAAAGUAGAAGUCCUGAUACAAUUUAUACGCGCCCGGAGGAGCUCCCAGGGUAGAAAGUCCCUCGUGCUCUCUGCUCGCCAGGCCAGCCUGUUCAGUGCCCUGCUGGUCAUGGCAAUAAGUCACCGGGAUAUAGCCCAGCUGUUGGAGAAGCACCAGGUCCGUGACCUGACGGACUUCCACUGGGCUCGUCAACUUAAGUACCACCUGGGUUCUCCUCACUUGAUCCCCAAAAGUCCGCUGCAGAAUCUUAAGACAGUGAUAUCAACUGAGUCUUCUCUGUCACCAGCUGCAUGCUGGGUAGAUGUGCUGGGCCGGUCCAUCCUAUACAAUUAUGAGUAUAUGGGUCCCAGACUGGGGCCUCUCCCCAGCAUGUUGCCUGAGCGCCCGGUGCUGAGUCUAAUAUUGGCCCUAGAGCAGGUAGCUUGUGGGACACUACUGGGUCCUGAUGGUGUAGGCAAGACAGAACUGGUAAACAGCCUGGCCCGAGCCCUGGGCCGCCAGCUGGUAAUGAUGCCCUGCUUGCCUCAGAUAGAGGCCAGGUGUCUGAGCAGCUACCUGAAUGGCGCCGUGCAGUGUGGUGCCUGGUUGCUUUUGGAGGGAGUUCAUCACCUGCCUUCUGGCUUGCUCUCUGCCAUGGCCCAGCGCCUGGCUGAAUUGCACGACCUCUAUGGACCACUGCACCAAGAGGCUUCCCAAAGCAUCAGCACCAUCAACCCCACGAAGCCCCAGAGCCUUGGCAGCGGCUUCUUUGAGAAGCACCACAUGUCCAUGCGCCUUGGCUAUGGCUGUUUCCUGACCAUGCGUGCCUUGAGCUCUGUUAUGCCUGCCAACCUGCACCUGCUCCUUCGGCCUGUGGCAUUGGCACUGCCUGACCUGCAACGAGUCGCAGAGCUGGCCCUGCUGGGUGCAGGGCUGCGGGAUGCGUCCCGCCUGGCCGCCCGCCUAUCCAAAUUUUUCUCCCUAGAGUGGGAGCUGGCCCCUGGGCCCCUGCCCUGCCGCUUGCCCCUGCUCAAGCAGAUACUGGAAGACACAGUCCAGAUGCUCCACGAGCCCGCGGAGUCACGCAGACUAGCUUCCGUGGAGGAGGCUGCCCUGCUGCGUGCCCUGCUGCAUUCACCGCUCUUCAGCGUCCUUGACGCGUCCCAUCUCCAGAACCUCCGCAAGCUGCUGUGCGGGAUCUUCCCAAAUGCUUGCCACGUGCUGGAAGAGCCCAUGACCCACAGAUUGACCAAGCCAUUGAUGAUGGAGGAACUGCGGCAGGUAAACCUGCUUCCCAACCUUGAAAUGUUGGGGUCCCUGGAGCAGCUCAGCCAGGCCCUGAGCCGUUGCUCGGGCGUUCUACUCCUGGGUCCUGCAGGCAGUGGCAAGACUACUUGUUGGCGCAGCUUAUUUAAGAUCCAGAAUCGGCUGGCAGCCACGGAAACCAUUUUCACCCAGCACUUUCAACCUGUAGAAAUUACUCAUCUCUACCCUAGUGUGCUCAACUCCCAAGAGUUCCUAGGAUGGCUAGAAGGCCCCUGCUGGCACCAUGGCAUUUUCCCCAGGCUACUUCGUGCAACCCCUCGGUGUAACAGUAAGGCACCAAAUAAAGAAACAGAAGAAUGGACAGGAAUCCAGCACUGGAUUGUCUGCGAUGGGGCUUCCAGCUCCGCGUGGCUGGACUCCAUCACUUGCCUCCUGAGUAACCCCCCCCAGCUUAGCCUCCCUAAUGGUCAACAGAUAGCCCGACCCCCAGGUACCUUUUUCUUGUUGGAGGUGGCAGACGCCACAGGUAUGUCCCCCACAGUGGUCGGCCGGUGUGCUCUAGUCUGGUGUGGGGGGGAACAGACAUGGCAGUCUAUGCUUAGCACCUUGAUGACAUCCCUGCCCCGUGACUACCGCCUGCAGCCCCAGACAAUCACUGAGCUCAACCAUAUGGCUGAAUUUCUAGUGCCUGCCACAUUCCGAUUCCUUGCCCGCAAAGGGGCCAGUUCUCUGCUGCAGAUACAUGGGCGGCAGACUCUGUGCCCAGGUGUAGCUGAAGUUACCAGCCUGGCCCGCAUCUUGCGUGGUCUGCUUGACUGUCACCUGUGCGUCUAUGAAGCCGAAAGCAUACACAGCCCAGAGGACCUCAGUGGUAGAGAUCCUAUGGCCCAAAGCUUCCUGUCUUCCCAAAGCUCUCUGAACCAAUGCCAGGUUGAAUGCGAUGAGACAUUGGAUAAGCAUAAAGAACACCUGCUGGCUGUCAGCAGCUUUCUUUUUGCCCUGAUCUGGGGGUUUGGAGCCCACCUUCCUUCCAGGCUCUGGCCCCUCUUUGAUACCUUCAUGAGGAGUUCUAUUAGUUGCCUCUCCAACUACCCUGAGCCACCACCCUCAGAUACAGUAUUUGAUCUACAUGUCAACCCUGAAGAUGGGACAUUGGCCCCCUUCACUGGCCAUUACCUGAGCAGCCGUGCCAGGGCAAAUCUGGGAUCCUUCCACUCUUCUGCCCAGACUGAGCAGCUCUUAUAUAUGGUAGACCUGCUUCUAUGCAAGGGGCAUCCAGUGCUGCUGGCUGGAGAGGCAGCCACAGGGAAGUCAGCCUUUGUGGAGGUCCUAGUGCAGCCAAAUCACCCGUGCAUAUCCAACUCCAUCCACCCUGCCUUCAGUUCCACCCAUCUCCGCCAACUCCUGAGCAGAGGGGUCCAAGGCCAGUCACAAGCCACACCCUGGCCAGAGCAUCACCACAAUUCUAAAGACUCCCUCCUUUUCCUGUUGGAGGACCUGCACCUGGCCACUUCCGACCCAGAAAAGAGCUGCCAGCCAGUGCUCGAGACUCUGCGUCAGGCCAUGGAUGGCACUGUAUAUGCCCACAACACCUUGGAAUUGCAGACACUGCAGCCCACAGUCAACUUCCUUGGCACAGUGACAGUGCCAGGGUGCUGCGAGCGCCCACUCUGCCCACGCCUCUUUCGCCUCUUCACGGUGUUGGCCCUGGGCAGCAUGACCCUGUCCACCAUGUUGAGUAGACAUGCACCGAACAUCCAAGCCUGGCUUGAGCGCUUCCCCUCUGUGGAGCGGGAAGGUGCUCUGGCCAGAGCCCUAGUUCGGGCUUCCAUGGAGGCUUGGGAGGCUGUGAGCAAUCGCUUCAUGCCUUCACCUCUCCACCCACACUACCGCUUCUCCUUGCACUCUGUCAGCCAGCUUCUGGGAAGCCUACAGCUCCUGCCUACUAGAGUGAGCUCAGGAGGUCUCGUAGACUCGUACAGCCACCAGGAGCACUUGCGCAGGGUGUCGGGCCUACGCGGCACUCGCCUGGCUAUCAUGACCGUCACACGCAACAUGGUGCGGCUCUGGUUGCAUGAGGCACAUAGGACCUUUUGUGACCGGCUGGACAGCCAGGGGGAACGCGCUUGCUGUUCCAAGAUGCUCCUAAAAAUAGCUCAGGGUGUCUUCUGCUGCGAGAUGAAACCCCAGCACUUGGGAAGUGACCAUGAGGAAAAAGAGGAGGAAGAGGAGAAGGUUGCUCCUGAAGUGGAAUCUGAAGGGGAAUUAGCCCAGUGGGAGGAGUUAAGCAACAGCAACAGUGAGACAGAUGAAGAAGAGGACCCUUACGGCCUUCAGGCCACCACAGGCUCACACUCCACGGAUCCGAGCCUAGCACUGUCCAAGAAAUCAAUAAGCAAGGAAAGUUCCGAAGGUCAAAGCCACAAGGCAAAGCAGGAGGAAGACACAAGGGCUUCUAUCCAUAAGCAGUCGAAGAAACAGAAGAGAUGGUGGAGAAAGAUAAGCCAGAGAGACUUGGUCUCACCCUUGUUGCUUCCCGUGCUGCUACUCCGUCCCCGGGAAAAUCCUUCAGACCUGGUCUUUAGUCAGAAACUGAUACUGCUAUCCAACUCUGAAAGCCCCAACUUGUACCUGGAACGGGAGUGGGAGAACCUGGAAGAGCAGCUGGCCACCUCAGCCGCUCAGCUGGGUCUCAACCCCCACCUGGCCCGCUGCCACUCCACAACCCAGCAUGUGGCUCGCCUGGUCCGUGUGCUGGCCAAACCCCACCAGCAUGGCUUGCUGCUCUCAGGGGUUCUGGGUACUGGACGCCAUACAGCCAUCACUCUGGCUGCUAGCAUUUGUCAGGCCCACCUCUUCUGUCUGCCAUGUGGGUCCGAGGAGGCCAUUCUCCAGUGUCUACGAGAUGCCAGCUGGCAUGCUGGAGUGUCAAAGCAGCCGGUGGCACUGGUGGUAACCAAGAGUGUGACUAUUACCACCCUCCAUCGCCUGGUAGCCUUGGCAACCUCGGGCACUUUCCCUGACCAGUACACAGAGGCAGAACUGGAUCACAUUGAAGAACGGGUCCCCAGGGAGAACCUUGGCCUCAAAUAUAACAUUAAGAAGGAAGUGGUGUUGCACAGGUUCUUCCAGCAAGUGUGUAGCCACCUGCACAUGUUUUUCCUCAUUGAAGAUGACCAGGCCCAAGAGCAUCUGCCCUCCACUCUUUUCCUGAGGCUCCUUCAACUGGCCACUGCCAGCAUUGACCGCUAUGAGCCUUGGGACCAAGAUUCCCUGGUCAAAGUUGCCCAGUACUACUUGGAGAGCGCUAAGUGUCCACCCCUUGAUGAUAGGUCUUUGAAGUCCCCAGACCUCCAAGCCGCAAUUCCCAGUGUGGCCAGAGCCAUGGCUCUCAUCCACCUUUCGGCUGCCUACUACCAUGAGCACCUGUGCCCCGCAUUGCCACUUGUCACUCCCAAGACCUUCCUAGACUUCCUGGAUACUUUCAUGCUACAACAGCAACAGAUGACCCUGAAGAUGAAGGCUAGAGCCUUCCGGAUUCAUAAUGCCGUGGAGAAUCUGAAGACAUUGGUUGACCAGCACAGCGUCCACACCAACCUGGUCUUUAACUUGGAACAGGAGAUAAAAAGCUCCCACAGGAAUGUUGGAAUGUCCCAGCAUCAGCUUGACCAGACCAGGCUCCAGUACAGGCGGCAGCUGUCAGAGUGCCGGCAUCAGGAGAGCCUCAUUGAGAACCUAGCCAGGCAGCGGGAUGCGCUGCAGGUUCAACACGAUGCUUUCCUGGAACAGAUGGGCAAAGCAUUUCUGGGUCCUCUGAGCCAGCUUCACGUGUCUGACUUUGAGGAGAUCCGGAGCUACCGAGCACCGCCAGAACCCGUAGUCAGAGUGACCGACGCGCUGUGCGAUUUGUUCCGCCGUGAAACAGGCUGGGCCAGCGCCAAGCAGCUCCUAUGCACGGACGAUUUUUAUCAGGAGUUGGUGUUCUUCCCCAAGGAGAAGCUUACAGACUUACAACUGAUCAACUUAAAACAAGCUCUGAGUGCUCCAGGUAUGAGCGACGCCGCACUGCGGGCAGUCAGCAUACCUACGGCAAACCUGGCCAUCUGGCUGUGGGCUGUUCUGCACUAUGGGAUGGCCCAGCGCCGGGGGUUACCCACAAGCCUGCUGCUGCGGCAGGUGGAGGCCACAUUAGCUCGGGAGCAGGCUCGCCUAGGCCACUACCAGUUCCAGGCCCAGGAGUUGCUGGAUCGUACGUUGGACCUGGCUAAGAAGCUGGAGGAUGCCCAAAUAUUUCACAACCAGAUGUUGGAGAGCCUCAAUCAGGCACACUAUGGGCAAUAUCACGAAUGGCCCAUAAAGUCUGCCCUGCUCACCCCCAUGCACACCUGGACUACACAACUCCAGAAACUGAGGGAACACUGCAUGACUCUGUUUGGAGAUGCCCUCCUGUGCUCAGCUGCUGUCAUCUACCUGGGUCCCUUUCCACCACCGAAGCGCUGGGAGCUGCUAAACAAGUGGCUGGCUCUGUGUAGGGGCUUUCAGGAGGCCCUGGGUCCAAAUGAUGUGGCACAGGCACUGAAACAGAAAGCUGUCAUUGCGCCACCCAAGAUACCUCUGCUGGCCACACGCCGUCCCUUCAGGAUUCUCUCUCUGCUGAGCUGUGAGGCUGAACAGUUCCAAUGGGACCGAGACCAGAAGCCCCAAGCUAGGUCGGCCCGCUUGAUAGGUCUGCUGCUUCGUAGCCACACUCACUACUACAGCUGCCGUUGGCCUCUGCUGCUGGACUCCAGCAAACAGGCCCUUAUCUGGUUGGACCCACUGCCAGUAGAAGAGAAUGUAUGCUUCACCUCAGAGUCCACUGAGAGCUUUGAUCUAACUAAAGAUGAAGAAGAUACAGAAGAUGACGACAGUGAAGAGGAAAGUGAGGCCGAGGAACAGGCCAAAGAACAAAAGGAAGAAGAAAGUGAAAAGCAGGAAAAGAAAGAGCAAGAAGAAAAAGUAAAAGAGAAGGAGACUGAGCCCCAGAGGCAGGGGUCAAGGGUAGCUUCUGUGGCUGAGUCUCUGCCUCCUGUCCAUCUUAGUGUCCUCUCGGGUGCUGACCCAGAGUUGGGUCUUCAGCUUCGGGAGGCAGCUGCCAAUGGCCAGCCUGUGCUCCUCACCAACAUGGAGCUGGGCCUAGGGUGCCAAGAACUCCAGUGGCUGCUACAGCGGGAGCAGCUGAGACCACCCCAGGUGCGGCAUGGCUUCUGUCUCUAUCUGAGUACGACCCUCACACUCAGUGCCUUGGAAAAGGUGCUAGGUUGUGAGAUGCUGAAGGGGAUGAACGUGCUGGAUCUAGGCAUGAACAUGGACAUCCUAGAAGAGCAGAUGUUGCAUGAAAUUUUGUGCAGAGAGGCUCCCGAUCUUGAGAAACGCUGGCAGGACCUGCAGACCAGACACCUGGAUACCUACGAAGCUGUUAGAGCCGAUGAGGAGCGGUUAUUGACAGCACUACUGUUUCGGAGUCCAUUGCAACAGAAACCUGCCAAGUUUCUGCGAGACAUGGUGAGAGUCCAGGCAAAGGUAUGUCAACUGCGAGCCCAUGUGGAGGAGCUAGAAGAGCAGAAGAUGCAGGAGGUUGCCCUGUGGGUACCCUACCAGCAUGUGGUCUGGUAUGGGAUGGCCAUAAUAGAGGCCCUAAGCUCCCUACAGAACCUGCUGCCACUUUUCCAUAUGAGCUCCGAGAACUGGCUGGCAGCAACCGAGCGGGCAUUAAGCAGCAUGAAGCCACACGAUAGCCAGCACGGAGAGGACUUAGCCAGCCACCUGCUGCAGCUGCAAACACGCUUGACUCGCCACCUGCUGGGCAGCACCAUAGCUAUCCUAGGGCUGACCCAAGUACCCUUGGUGGGUGCCUUAGGUGCUUUGGCUCUGUUGAAGGUGAAAAACAAGGUACCAAAGCUAGAGAGGCUGGCACUGUGGCCUGGACUGAUGUCAUCUUUCAACCCAAAUCACAAGAAGUUGGUGUCCAGCGUGGGCCGGCCACCCUGGUUAGGGCCGAGUGCCUGGCAAGAAUGUGCAAUAUUAGAGCGGCUGCCCCCCUUUAUUGGGCUGCGCGCAUCCUUGGCAGAGCACCCUAAAGUCUGGCAGGAUUACCUGUCACUGUCCUCCACAGUGCUGGGUCCCCCGCCUGGGAUUAGAUCGGAGCCGCUGAGCCAGUUUCAGAAGCUGAUUCUGUGGAGGGUCCUGCGCCCUGACUGCCUGGCAGCUGCCUUGGCAGACCUCACCACCAGCCUCCUGGGCCGGCCCCUGGAUGAAAACCUAAGUGCGCCCAUCAUCCCCUUCGAACACAGCCAGGCUACUCAGCCCAUACUCAUCUUACUGCCACCGCCCGGUCACCCCACAGCCUUGGGGCAUCCUUUGACUGUCAUCAAGAAACUAGCCGCCACCCACAUGCAGAAGCAAGUGCAGGUGAUAGCCCUUGGCUCGGAAGCCUGGGAUCCAAUCUCUGUGGUCAUCGGCAGUCUGUGCCAGGCUAUGUUCAUGGGGUACUGGUUGGUGCUGGAUAACUGUCAUCUGUUGUCUCACUGGCCAAGAGAGCUGCUGCAGCCCUUGCUGAGAUUACUGGAUGGAGCCAAGGUGGUUUCAGACAAUGAAUCGGAAGCACUUUCAACUCAAUCCGAGAGCAAGACUACAGCCAUUGUCCACAGAAAUUUCCGUCUUUGGCUUAUUGUGUCUACAGAAGCCAGAGCUUCCUUGCCAGCUGUGCUGACUCAGCACUCCUUGCCUGUUUUCUGGGACCAAUCCCUGGAGCUGAGCCACAUCUUGGUCAACAAUGUGGAAUUAGCCCAGCAAGAACCCAUCAAGCAGCCCCCUACCCAGAUAGUUCCUUUGCUCUUCCUACAUGGCCUCCUGCUGCACCGGCAGCUCUAUGGGAUGAAGCUUCAAGCACACAGGGGGCGCUGGAGUCAAAUAACCCUGACCCAAGUCCUUCAGACCCAAAAUCAGCUGUGGGCCAGCCUCAGCAAUCCCGGCACUGCCAUGCAGGAGCUGGCUGCUUCCAUUUUCUAUGGGGGCCCUCUGGGAGACAACGAGGACACAAAGGCCCAGAUUAGCCUCACUCAAGCCUGCCUGAGCCCCACUAGCAGGAGUGGGGUCCAACCAUACACACCUCAGUAUCUGCUGGCCACGUUGAUGCCUAGCCCAGAUCUAGGGAAGCUGGAUGCCUUGGCCGAGUGCAAGGCCCAGGUCCACCUGCUGCACACACCAUCGGAGCCGUGGAUCUGCGGCCUGAGCGAGGCCCCCCGCGACUGGCUGCUGCGACGCCGGAGCCGCGCGCUGCUGCGCGCCCUGCAGCGGUGCGCGCCCUCCUGGGUCCCCGCAGCCCGCGGAGGCUCCCAGCGGGCCGAGAGGCGGCUGCGGCAACGCCUGCUGCAAAGCCAGGGGAGGCUGGAGGCCCUGCAGGAUCUGCUGACCCAGCACACUGGCGGGGACCAGCCCGAUGCCUACAGGCCGGGGCCCACCCAGGGGCAGCAGCCUCUGCACGCCUUCCUGCAGAACGAGGUGCUGGAACUCAGCGAGCUGGCGGCCCUGCUCCAACGCGACCUUGACUGCCUGCUGCAGCAGCUCAAGGGCCAACCCCCGUGCCCCUCCCGCCGCUGCCUGGAGGUGGCCCGGGCCCUCUGGACCGGCCGCUUUCCGCAGCCCUGGCGACGCCACGCACCGGCGGGGCCACAGCCGCCCUGGCAAUGGCUCCGACAGCUGUCCCGCCGUGGGCAGCAGCUGAUUCUCUACCUGGGCCAGGGCGGGGACCAAGGUGGCGGCGAGAUCCCCCCGCGCAUCUUUCACCUGUCAGCCUUCGGUCACCCCCGCCGCCUGCUGGUUGCCCUGCGCUGGGAGGCCAACCUGGCCUGCCACUGUAUUCCCGCUCAUCAGGAUCCGGGUUCCAGUCACCUCCUGCACAGACGCCAGGAGCUGAGCCACCUUCUGCACCUCCGGGUGGAGAACGGCCCCAACCCCACGGUUCCGGAGCUGGGGUUGCUGCUGAUCGGGUUACAAGUCCUGCAUGCCAAGUGGGACUCUGCGGAGGGGGCCCUGCAGGACACGAGUUCCACCCAGCCCAGCCCUCUGCCUCCAGUCAGCGUCUGGGCCCAGGCCCCUGGCUCCAGUGAGCCGGCGCGGGCCCCAGCCGACCCAGCCGUGUACCUCUGUCCUGUGUACAUGGCAGGGACCCUUGGCACCACCAAGCUGCACAGCAGGAACAUCCUGAUGUACCUGCCCCUGCCCACCAAGCUCAGCCCCGACACCUGUAUCCUACGGAGAGUCCACGUGUGCAGCCCGCCCUUGCCCUGA